AUGAAUUAAUGUUUGAAUAAAAAGAGCAAGGCAAUUAUAAUAAAGUAACCUGAUUCUAGCUUUAUGAGGGCAUUAAAUAUAAGCAAAAAUACAAAAUCUAAUAACUAAAUACCAAAAGAACAGUAAUAAAUAAUCACAUAAAGAACAUAAAGAACUAUAAUACCUUCAAUGUAUUAAACUAAGUUAAUAUUAAAAUAGAAAAUCAAUAUCAAAUAAAAAUAGUUAAGAAAAGAUCAGAGUAUACGAUGUUUUUAAAUAGAUUCCUAGAAAUAAAAGUUAAUCUCAUCAUAAUCAUAUUAAUAAAAUGGAUGAAUCAAGAGAUAUACUAAAAAAAUUAAAUUUUUAGAAAAAAAUCAAUGAUGGUAAAUAUUUUAAGUUUAAAUGAAGUAAAGAUUGUUAAAAAACAUUUAGAUAUUAAGAACCAAUAUAAACAACUCAUCGUAUUGAACUACCACCUUCAAACAAAAAACGAUCUUAUAGUAAUGCUUAACCCUUCGAUAAACUAUUUAAGAUGAAUGACAAUUCAAUUUCUUAUAUCAAACCACCUUUAGAAACUCAAAGAAAAAUCUCAAAAAUAAAUGCUAAUUUAAAAUUAUAAAGAGAAGAUAAUAUUUUAGAUUUAUUACUAUUGAAUACUUGUGAAUUAAAAAAAAAACUCUCAAAUAAGUCAAGUAAUAAUAACAGUUUUAUUUGUGUAAGACCUGGAAAGCUGCCUAAAGACUUCUUUAUUUAUAAUUAAUGA